GAAUUUUAUCAGAAUGGUAAAUUAUCUACUCGGUGAGUGUUUUCAAAGAUAGACCUUUAGAUUUUUUUGAGAGGCAUUUAUUUUUCAUAUAAGAGGCAUUCAAUUUUUAUAUAAUCUAUUCGUCAGAAUGCAUAUAUCAAGGAAAAUCGUUUCUUACAGUAUUGUUAUUAUUUUAUUGUGUUUUAAAGAAAGUGACUGUGACAUUGCUUUAGAUCCAACAGAAAAUGGAUUAAGCAUAUCAAUACAUAAUGAUGCUGGUCAAGUAACGUUGGAAGGACUUCUCGGAGUAGGAAUUGAUUUUGCUAAUGUAAAUUGUCAAAUGGAAUUUAGAGACUGUCAAGUUGAUGAUACCCUAUCAUUCAAAGUUACUGAUAUUGACGGGGGUCACCGAAUUACUUGGCUGGCAGAAGACGUAUCGCAUCAGUUGGUUGAUAAAUACAACCUAGACAUGGGUGGAACUUAUUGGUUUGGAGGACCGCAGAGGUACUUGCAAAAUCCUCUUGAAAAAUUGGUACUUGAUGGUAAUGAUCCGUACGUUAUAAAGAAAGCAGAUAAUUUUGCUGUUGCUGAAAGAUAUUGGUUAAAUAGUAAAGGCACUUUUAUUUUUAUUGAUGAUAGAGUACCAUUGUUCAUUGAUCAGAAUACCAGAGAAAACGGGUCUUUUUUCUUGAUUGCCAAAUCAGAGAAUCCUUAUAUCAAUAGAAAUCGGACGAUUUUGCAAUAUGAUAUUAUAACUAAAGAUGAUUCCAAACAAGCGCAUCUUUAUGCUGUAAACAAUUACCUCGGGAAACCAACAGGGUAUCCGAGUGAGAGAAUGAUCAGAAAACCUAUUUGGACUACUUGGCCGAAAUACAAACAGAGCGUUGAUCAAGAAAAAGUUGAAGAAUUCGUUAAAGAAAUCAUUGAACAUGAAUUUUUAGGUGGUCAGAUAGAAAUUGACGAAAAAUGGGAGGUAUGUUUUGGAUCUCAUGUAUUCGAUACUGUAAAGUUUCCAGAUGCCCCAGGUUUAAUAGCUUCUAUCAAGGAUCGAGGAUUCCAGACAGCUUUAUGGAAUAGUCCGUUUGUCAACAACGAUUGUCAAAAUUAUUCAACAGAAGGACUAGAAAAUGGUUAUUUCGUUAAAGAUCCAGAUGGAAAUACUCAAGCCAUCUGGUGGGAAAGUGACGAUGCUCAUCAAGUGGAUUUCACAAAUCCACAGGCGGCUGAAUGGUUUGCAAGUAAAAUUAGAGCUUUAGUUGAGGAAACGGGCUUAGAUGGUUUUAAAUUUGAUGCCGGAGAAACGGAUUACGCCAUACCUCCACAUCAGUUCGAUCACAUCGAUGAUCAAGAGCUAGUUCCAAAUAUUUUUACUCAGAAGUAUGUGGAAACUUGUGUACCUUUUGGAGGUUCAAUCGAAGUUAGAUCUGCAUGGAGGACUCAAAAACACCCAGUAUUCAUUAGGAUGAUAGAUAAAGAUUCUGUAUGGGGAGUUGACGAUGGAUUAUACACUCUAGUGACAACUUUAAUUCAAAUGAACAUGGUUGGUUAUACCCUAGUACUUCCUGAUAUGGUUGGUGGUAACGGAUAUAGACAGCAGCCGAAUGCGGAAUUGAUAGUUAGGUGGACACAAGCCAAUGCAUUCAUGCCAUCGAUUCAAUUAGGUUUCUUACCAUGGGACUACCCAAGUGAUGAGUUUGACACAGUGGAAAUUGUUAGAAAAUUUGUUAAUUUGCAUGAAGAAUAUUCCGAUGAUAUAAUCAAAGCAAUGAAAGACUGUAUUGAAAAUGGAAAUCCAGUGAACCCUCCAAUAUGGUGGAUCGAUCCCACUGAUAGUUAUGCAUUCUCAAUCGCGGACGAAUUCCUUCUUGGUGAAAAUAUUUUGGUAGCUCCAAUUUUGGAAGAAGCUGCUAAACAAAGGUCUGUUUACUUACCGAAAGGAAAAUGGAGGGAUGCGAACAACAACGAUAUUAUUUAUACAGGUCCUUUGAACAUUACAAAUUACAUAGCUGAUAUUGAUAUUCUCCCGUAUUUUAUUAAGCUUGAAUAGAAUAUAUCAAUAUUUAAAUAUUAA